CCCAUCUACUCCACUUUAUCCUCUCUUCUUUUUCUUCUUCUUCUUCUUCUUCUUCUUCUUCUUCUUCAAAAUUUCAAUCUCUUUCUUAUUCAUUCAUGGAUUCUCUAGCAGCCAUUCCCUGGUCAGAUAGUUACACCACUGUCUCGUCCGAUGACCACCUUUUCACCCUCACUAACCUUCUCCACGACGACGACAACCACGACUCCUCUCCACUCUUCCUCCUCCCCCAAGAUAAUGCUGACGACAAUAAUCGAUCCAUCAGGCUCCCUGUCCCCGGUGGUGCAACCUACUUUGGGCCGACAAUUGAGGACAUUGAGAAUGCACUUUCCAUUGGUACUCCUAGAUCAAAAGACCUCCAUUCCCACGCUCACAUUUCUCAUACCGGAUUUUCCAUUGUGGAAAGAGGGAGCUUGAAUAAGGUUGAGCAUAAGUAUAGCCUUAGAAUCAAGAGCUGUGGAGGGAAUAUGGUGGCUGAUGAUGGAUAUAAGUGGAGGAAAUAUGGUCAGAAGUCCAUAAAAAAUAGCCCCAAUCCUAGGAGCUACUAUAGGUGUUCAAAUCCAAGAUGCAGUGCAAAGAAGCAAGUAGAAAGGUCGAUAGAAGAUCCAGACACCUUCAUCAUAACCUACGAAGGCCUUCACCUCCACUUUGCUUAUCCAUUCUUCCUAAUGGGCCAAAACCCACAACCCCAAUCUCCAACCAAAAAGCCCAAGACAAUCGACCCAGAGCCUGAAGCCCAUGAAAAACCACCUUUCCUCGACCCAAUAGAAUCAACCGGCACACAAGGCUUGCUGGAGGACAUGGUCCCAUGGUUGAUUCGAAAUCCAUCUACCCAUCACAACGCUCUAUCAAAUUCUUCCUCUUGCUUAUCCCACCGCUCACCUCCACCCACCCCUCCAUCACCCUCCACGUCUCCUUCCUUCAUGACUUCCUGUUUUUGACAUUUUUUGGGUAAUAUAAAAGAUAUUUUACUAUAAUAUAUAUAUAUAUAUAUAUAUAUAUAUAUAUAUAUAUAUAUAUAUAUAGUUACAUUAUAUAAAUAUGUAUUCAAUGGGUUACUGAUUUGAAACCCAGUAAAACUUCUUCUUCUUGUAUUUAUAUCUGUAUUUACGUGUAUUCAACUAUGGUAUGUAAUCGGAAUUCAUUAUUAGAGCUUUCGAAGUGGUUAUUUAACCAACAAAAAA